UGAAUUUUCGUGGUUUUAUUUGGGUUGUAAAUUGCGAAGUGAAAAUGUCAAAGAAAAACUGAUUUUCCUGGAUCGAAGUCAAGGCCAGAAAAAAGUCGCUUGUCACUGUCAGUGGAGUGCGUUGAAAAUUGACAAUUGCGGAAAAAAGGAUGUCUUUGAAGCCUCGUUUCGUGGAUUUCCCCUCCACCUGGGGGGCUAUAAAGGACACAAUAAAAGGCGUCAUCACUUUGGAUCAUGUGGCGCGAACUGUAUGGAAUGACAGGUUCUCCGAUGUCUACUCUCUUUGUGUUGCCCAUCCGGAACCUAUGGCCGAUAGGCUCUAUGCAGAAACAAAACAGUACCUUGUGGAUCACGUGGCAAAGUUGCUGGAAAAAGUGCAGGAAGAAGGAGACAACAACCUCAUACGGAACUACUUCCACUACUGGUCUCAAUAUUCAGUCGGCAGCCAGUAUCUGCACAGUUUGUAUCUCUACUUGAAUCAGCAGCACAUCCGAACCCAAAAAUUAUCAGAUGCAGAGAUUAUUUAUGGAUCAUCAGAAAACAGUGGAGGCGAACAAAUGGAGAUUGGAGAGCUGGCUCUGGAAGUGUGGCAGUCUGGCAUGAUCGGGCCGCUAGGCGGGCGCCUAGUGCGCCUACUACUGGACGCCAUAGAUCGCGAUCGCGCCGAUUCGGGCCUGCACCCGAUCGCUGCGCCCACUGAAGCAGUGCGCGGCACUAUACUCAGCUUCGUGGAGGUGCAGGGCUACCGCAAGAAGGCGCAGCUGCAGCUGUACCAGGAGAUCUUCGAGGCGCCCUUCUUGGACGCCAGCGGGGAGCAUUUCAAGCGCGACGCUGCAAGGUUGUUGCAAGAGAGAGACGUCUCUCUGUACAUGGAACGCGUCAAGGCGAAAAUCGACGAGGAAUUGAAAAGGGCGCGCAAAUUUUUGCACUCGAGCUCUCUGCCGAAAGUGACGCACCGGUGCGAAACGCACAUGGUCGCCGAACAUCUGCAGUUCCUCUACAGCGAGUGCAUGAACAUGGUGCAGAGCGAGCGCAAAAAGGAUUUGAGCAACAUGUACGAUUUGCUGCGCAGCGUGCAAAACGCCAUGGUUGUUUUAGUGGACACCGUCCUGGACCACAUCAAAACGCAGGGAUUAACCGCCAUAGGGAAUUUACAGGGCGAAAAUAUACACAUCAACUUCGUGGAGAACCUACUGACCGUCUACAAGAAGUACAAGCAGCUGAUACAGGACGUAUUUAAAUCCGAUCAGAACUUCAUGGGGGCUUUGGAUAAAGCCUGCAACUCGGUUAUAAACCACAGACCCAACAACGGCAAAACUGCGUGCAGAUCGCCGGAAUUACUGGCGAAAUAUUGCGACACUUUGCUGAAAAAAUCCAGCAAAGGCAUUAGCGAGACGGAAGUCGACGAAAAGUUAGCUGAAAGUAUAACGAUUUUCAAAUAUAUAGACGACAAGGACGUUUUUCAGAAAUUCUACUCCCGCAUGUUGGCCAAGAGGCUGAUCCAUCAGCAAACGCAAUCCAUGGAUGCUGAGGAGGCUAUGAUUAACAGGUUAAAACAGGCUUGCGGCUACGAGUUCACAUCUAAAUUGCACCGCAUGUUUACCGAUAUGUCCGUCAGUACAGAUUUGAACAACAAAUUUUCUGCGUAUUUAAAAAAAUCCAGCAUAGAUUUGGGAAUAAAUUUCAGCAUAUACGUUCUACAGGCCGGCGCGUGGCCUUUGGGACAGGCAGUCGUAACCCCUUUCGCUUUGCCUCACCAAUUGGAGAAAAGCGUCCAAAUGUUCGAGACUUUCUACCAUCAAGGUUUUAACGGCAGAAAAUUGACGUGGCUGCACCACCUUUGCCAGGCGGAAUUGAGGUUAGGUCACCUGAAAAAAUCCUACGUCGUCAACGUCCAGACGUUUCAAAUGGCGAUUUUGCUGCUGUUCGAGAGCACCGACUCGCUUCUGUGCAAAGAUAUCCGGGAAACUUUGCAGCUGAAUCAGGACCAGUUUAACCGUCACGCCAUCUCUCUGAUCGACAGCAAACUGCUGCUGGCGGAUGCCGAGGAUUUGACGCCGGAAGUGACGUUGCGCUUGAACAUGGACUACUCGAAUAAGCGGACCAAGUUUCGCAUCACAGCGGCUGUGCAAAAAGAAACGACUCAAGAGGUCGAACAGACCAUGAAUUCCGUGGAAGAAGACAGGAAAAUGUAUCUGCAAGCAGCCAUUGUUAGGAUUAUGAAGUCCAGGAAGGUGCUCAAGCAUAAUCUGCUCAUACAAGAGGUUUAUGCCCAGUCAAAGGUAUCAUUCGCCCCCAGUGUACAGCUCAUAAAAAAAUGCAUCGAAUCCUUGAUCGAUAAACAAUACAUAGAACGUACCCCCCACUCUAGCGAAGAAUACAGCUACGUUGCCUAAUUUCCUUUUUACCCCCCCUCUUUAUAUACCCCUUUCUUUUUAUUGUAAUUAAUUUAUUGUUAUUUCCCUGCGCUAACGCCAAAAACCAUUAAACAAAGGAAGUAAUACUCAACUUAUUUCUUUUUGAUUUAUCGUCGAACUGGAACGACACCCAUCUCAAUUUUGAGGUUAUCCAACUGUCAAAGUGUCGUUCUCGGUACUAAAUAUUUAUGUUGUGUAAAAUAUGUACAUAUUUAAUGAUUAACAGAAAUUGGUUGUUUAAAGCAUUAACAAAAUGAUGAUAAAUUUAGGAUUAAUUUAAAUAAUUCUGCAAAAUUAUUUGUUGUAUUUUUAAUAGGAGAGAUGAUGAAUUGUUUAUUUAUUUCGAAAUGUGGGAGGAACCAUGUGUAAGUGUUUUCUAAUAAAAUGAUUUUGCCA